GCGCAUGGGCGGAGGGCGGGGAAGGGUGGACACUGCGCAUGUGCGGAAGGCAGAGGAACGAGCUGCGGAUGGGCGAAGGGAAGCGGAGGGUUGGCCACUGCGCAUGGGUGGGGAGGGGUGGACACUGCGCAUGGGCGGAAGGCAGAGGAACGAGCUGCGCAUGGGCGAAGGGAAGCGGAGGGUUGUCCACUGCGCAUGGGCGGAGGGCGGGGAGGGGUGGACACUGCGCAUGGGCGGAAGGCAGAGGAACGAGCUGCGCAUGGGCGAAGGGAAGCGGAGGGUUGUCCACUGCGCAUGGGCGGAGGGCGGGGAGGGGUGGACACUGCGCAUGGGCGGAAGGCAGAGGAACGAGCUGCGCAUGGGCGAAGGGAAGCGGAGGGUUGUCCACUGCGCAUGGGCGGAGGGCGGGGAAGGGUGGACACUGCGCAUGGGCGGAGAGCGGGGAAGGGUGGACACUGCGCAUGGGCGGAGAGCGGGGAGGGGUGGACACUGCGCAUGGGCGGAAGGCAGAGGAACGAGCUGCGCAUGGGCGAAGGGAAGCGGAGGGUUGGCCACUGCGCAUGGGCGGAGAGCGGGGAAGGGUGGACACUGCGCAUGGGCGGAAGGCAGAGGAACGAGCUGCGCAUGGGCGAAGGGAAGCGGAGGGUUGUCCACUGCGCAUGGGCGGAGGGCGGGGAGGGGUGGACACUGCGCAUGGGCGGAAGGCAGAGGAACGAGCUGCGCAUGGGCGAAGGGAAGCGGAGGGUUGUCCACUGCGCAUGGGCGGAGGGCGGGGAAGGGUGGACACUGCGCAUGGGCGGAGAGCGGGGAAGGGUGGACACUGCGCAUGGGCGGAGAGCGGGGAGGGGUGGACACUGCGCAUGGGCGGAAGGCAGAGGAACGAGCUGCGCAUGGGCGAAGGGAAGCGGAGGGUUGGCCACUGCGCAUGGGCGGAGAGCGGGGAAGGGUGGACACUGCGCAUGGGCGGAAGGCAGAGGAACGAGCUGCGCAUGGGCGAAGGGAAGCGGAGGGUUGGCCACUGUGCAUGGGCGGAGAGCGGGGAAGGGUGGACACUGCGCAUGGGCGGAAGGCAGAGGAAUGAGCUGCGCAUGCGCAAAGGGAAGCGGAGGGUUGGCCACUGUGCAUGGGCGGAGGGUGGGGAGGGGUGGACACUGCGCAUGGGCGGAGGGCAGAGGAACGAGCUGCGCAUGGGCGAAGGGAAGCGGAGGGUUGGCCACUGCGCAUGGGUGGGGAGGGGUGGACACUGCGCAUGGGCGGAGGGCGGGGUGGACACUGCGCAUGUGCAGAAGGCAGAGGAACGAGCUGCGCAUGGGCGAAGGGAAGCGGAGGGUUGGCCACUGCGCAUGGGCGGAGGGCGGGGAGGGGUGGACACUGUGCAUGGGC